UGUUUUGCGGUGUAGGAGCGUGUUUAGCAGAAACGUAUGGAGAACGCUGUUUAUACAGUGAUCUAGCUAAAUCGCGUGUCAGAAAGUGUAAAUGUUGAUAUCUACGGGUUCUGUCCAACUGUUGUAAUCUAAGCAAAGCAACUGUGAGCUACCUGUCUGGCUAGCCGUAGUCGAUAACCAGGUCGUUUAUAUUGUGUGAAUACAAAAGUGCGGUAACUAUUCCACCAUGGCGGAUGUUACUGCCCGUAGCUUGCAGUAUGAGUACAAAGCGAACUCUAAUUUGGUUUUGCAAGCUGACCGCUCUCUGAUCGACCGUACACGCCGCGAUGAGCCCACUGGAGAAGUGUUGUCACUGGUGGGGAAGUUGGAAGGGACCAAGAUGGGAGAUAAGUCACAGAGGACCAAGCCGCAGAUGCUGGAAGAGAGACGUGCAAAGAGAAGAAAGAGAGAUGAAGACAGGCACGACAUCAAUAAGAUGAAAGGCUUCACCCUCCUAUCUGAGGGCAUUGAUGAGAUGGUGGGUAUCGUAUACAAGCCCAAAACGAAGGAGACCAGAGAGACCUAUGAAGUCCUGCUCAGCUUUAUCCAGGCCGCCUUGGGAGAUCAGCCUCGCGAUAUCUUAUGCGGGGCGGCCGACGAGGUCCUGGCCGUGCUGAAGAACGACAAGAUGAGGGAUAAGGAGAGGAGGAGGGAGGUGGAGCAGUUGCUGGGGCCGGCUGACGACACGCGCUACCACGUGCUGGUCAACCUGGGCAAGAAGAUCUCCGACUACGGGGGGGACAAGGAGCUGCAGAACAUGGAUGACAACAUUGACGAGACCUAUGGAGUGAAUGUCCAGUUUGAAUCUGAUGAGGAGGAGGGGGACGAGGACCAGUUUGGGGAGGUGCGUGACCAGGGCUCUGAUGAGGACAGCGAGGGCGAGGAAGCGGACGUGGGCAGCGCGCUCACUGCCAACCUGGGGGUCACGGGGGACGUGAUGACGGCCAAAAAGAAGGACCUGCACCCUCGCGACAUCGACGCCUUCUGGCUCCAGCGCCAGCUCAGCCGUUUCUACGACGACGCCAUCGUGUCGCAGAAGAAAGCGGACGAGGUUCUGGAGAUCCUGAAGACUGCCAGUGAUGACAGAGAGUGUGAGAACCAGCUGGUCCUGCUGCUGGGCUUCAACACGUUCGACUUCAUCAAGAUCCUCAGGCAGCAUCGGCGCAUGAUCCAGUAUUGUACCAUGUUGGCGAGUGCCCAGAGUGAGGCGGAGAAGGAGAAGAUUAUUGGGAAGAUGGAGUCGGAUCAGGAGCUGUCCAAAAUCCUUUACCAGCUACAGGAGACCGAGAAAGAGGAUAUUAUCAGGGAGGAGCGCUCUCGCAGGGAGAGAGUGAGGAAGUCUCGUAUGGAUAAUGACCUGGAGUCCAUGGACAUUGACCACGGAGAGUCCAUGACCCCUCGCCAGCUCCUGGACCUAGAGGACCUGGCCUUCACGCAGGGAAGUCACUUCAUGGCCAACAAGAGGUGCCAGCUGCCUGACGGAUCCUUCCGGAAACAGCGCAAAGGAUACGAGGAAGUUCACGUUCCCGCCCUCAAACCCAAGCCCUUCGCUGAUGAUGAGGUGCUUGUGCCCAUUGAGAAGCUUCCCAAGUACGCCCAGGCCGGGUUCGAAGGCUUCAAAACCCUGAACCGCAUCCAGAGCAAGCUGUUCAAGACCGCCUUGGAGACGGACGAGAACCUGCUCGUCUGCGCGCCCACGGGAGCGGGUAAGACCAACGUGGCUCUGAUGGCCAUGCUGAGGGAGAUCGGCAAGCACAUCAACCUGGACGGAACCAUCAACCUGGACGACUUCAAGAUCAUCUACGUGGCUCCCAUGCGGUCGCUGGUACAGGAGAUGGUGGGCAGCUUCAGCAAGCGCCUGGCCAGCUACGGCAUCGUUGUGUCGGAGCUGACGGGAGAUCACCAGCUGUGUAAGGAGGAGAUCAAUGCCACCCAGGUGAUCGUGUGCACCCCGGAGAAGUGGGACAUCAUCACCCGCAAGGGGGGCGAGCGCACCUACACCCAACUAGUCCGCCUCAUUAUCAUCGAUGAGAUCCACCUGCUCCACGACGACCGCGGCCCAGUGCUGGAGUCCCUGGUGGCCCGCACCAUCCGCAACGUGGAGCUGACCCAGGAGGACGUGCGUCUGCUGGGCCUCAGCGCCACCCUGCCCAACUACGAGGACGUGGCCACCUGCCUGCGCGUCGACCCCGCCAAGGGCCUCUUCUACUUCGACAACAGCUUCCGGCCCGUACCCCUGGAGCAGACCUACGUGGGCAUCACGGAGAAGAAGGCCAUCAAGCGCUUCCAGAUCAUGAACGAGAUCGUGUACGAGAAGAUCAUGGAGCACGCGGGGAAGAACCAGGUGCUGGUGUUCGUCCACUCCAGGAAGGAGACGGGGAAGACGGCCCGGGCCAUCAGGGACAUGUGCCUGGAGAAGGACACCCUGGGGCUGUUCCUCAGGGAGGGCUCGGCCUCCACCGAGGUCCUGAGGACUGAGGCGGAGCAGUGCAAGAAUCUGGAACUGAAGGAUUUGCUGCCGUACGGCUUUGCUAUUCACCAUGCUGGGAUGACCAGGGUGGACCGUACCCUGGUGGAGGAUCUGUUUGCUGAUCGCCACAUUCAGGUGCUGGUGUCUACAGCCACGCUGGCCUGGGGAGUCAAUCUCCCAGCACACACCGUCAUCAUCAAGGGCACGCAGGUGUACAGCCCAGAGAAGGGCCGCUGGACCGAGCUGGGAGCCCUGGACAUCCUACAGAUGCUGGGCCGAGCCGGGCGUCCCCAGUACGACACCAAGGGCGAGGGCAUCCUCAUCACGUCCCAUGGAGAGCUGCAGUACUACCUGUCUCUGCUCAACCAGCAGCUGCCCAUUGAGAGCCAGAUGGUGGCCAAGCUGCCCGACAUGCUCAACGCCGAGAUCGUGCUGGGCAACGUGCAGAACGCCAAGGAUGCGGUGAACUGGCUGGGCUACACCUACCUGUACGUGCGCAUGCUGCGCAACCCCACCCUGUACGGCGUCUCCCACGACGACCGCAGCUCGGACCCGCUGCUGGAGCGCCGCAGGAUGGACCUGGUGCACACGGCGGCCAACGUCCUGGACAAGAACAGCCUGGUCAAGUACGACAAGAGGACCGGAAGCUUCCAGGUGACCGAUCUGGGCCGUAUUGCCAGUCACUUCUACAUCACCCACGACUCCAUCCAGACCUACAACCAGCUUCUGAAGCCCACCCUCAGCGAGAUCGAGCUCUUCAGGGUCUUCUCCCUCUCGUCUGAGUUCAGGAACAUCACCGUCAGAGAGGAGGAGAAGCUAGAGCUGCAGAAGCUUCUGGAGAGAGUCCCCAUCCCGGUGAAGGAGAGCAUCGAGGAGCCCAGCGCUAAGAUAAACGUGCUUCUCCAGGCGUACAUCUCUCAGUUGAAGCUGGAGGGCUUUGCCCUCAUGGCUGACAUGGUCUACGUCACACAGAGCGCAGGGCGGCUGAUGCGUGCCAUCUUUGAGAUCGUCCUGAGCCGAGGCUGGGCCCAGCUCACUGACAAGACCAUGAACCUGUGCAAGAUGAUCGACAAGAGGAUGUGGCAGUCCAUGUCUCCUCUGCGCCAGUUCAGGAAGCUUCCGGAAGAGGUCAUCAAGAAGAUCGAGAAGAAGAACUUCCCCUUCGAGCGCCUCUACGACCUCAACCACAAUGAGAUUGGAGAGUUGAUCCGCAUGCCCAAGAUGGGAAAGACCAUCCACAAGUACGUCCACCAGUUCCCCAAGCUGGACCUGGCCGUGCACCUUCAGCCCAUCACCCGCUCCACCCUCAAGGUGGAGCUCACCAUCACGCCCGACUUCCAGUGGGACGACAAGGUGCACGGCUCGUCGGAGGCCUUCUGGAUCCUGGUGGAGGACGUGGACAGCGAGGUGAUCCUCCACCACGAGUACUUCCUGCUCAAGGCCAAGUACGCCCAGGAUGAGCACCUGGUCACCUUCUUCGUGCCCGUGUUCGAGCCCCUGCCGCCCCAGUACUUCAUCCGCGUGGCCUCCGACCGCUGGCUGUCCUGUGAGACCCAGCUGCCCGUGUCGUUCCGCCACCUGAUCCUUCCGGAGAAGUACCCUCCUCCCACAGAGCUGUUGGACCUGCAGCCCCUGCCCGUGACGGCCCUCCGGAACGCCGCCUUUGAGACCCUCUACCACAACAAGUUCCCCUUCUUCAACCCCAUCCAGACACAGGUGUUCAACGCUCUGUACAACAGCGAUGACAACGUGUUUGUGGGCGCGCCCACGGGCAGCGGGAAGACCAUAUGUGCCGAGUUUGCUAUCCUGAGGAUGCUGCUGCACAACGUGGAGGGCCGCUGUGUAUACAUCACGCCUAUGGAGGCCCUGGCUGAGCAGGUGUUCAUGGACUGGCACCAGAAGUUCCAGGACGCGCUGAAUAAGAAGGUGGUGUUGCUGACGGGGGAGACCAGCACCGACCUCAAGCUGCUGGGGAAGGGGGACAUCAUCGUCAGCACGCCCGACAAGUGGGACAUCCUGUCCCGCCGCUGGAAGCAGAGGAAGAACGUCCAGAACGUCAGCCUGUUCAUCGUGGACGAGACCCACCUGAUCGGAGGAGACAACGGGCCGGUGCUGGAGGUGAUCUGCUCCAGGAUGAGGUACAUCUCCUCCCAGAUCGAGCGGCCCAUCCGCAUCGUGGCCCUCAGCUCUUCCCUCUCCAACGCUAAGGACGUGGCCCACUGGCUGGGCUGCAGCACCACGGCCACCUUCAACUUCCACCCCAACGUCCGGCCCGUACCCCUGGAGCUGCACAUCCAGGGCUUCAACGUGAGUCACACCCAGACCCGCCUGCUGUCCAUGGCCAAACCGGUGUACCACGCCAUCAUGAAGCACUCGCCCUCCAAGCCCGCCGUGGUGUUUGUGCCCUCCCGGCGCCAGACCCGCCUCACCGCCAUCGACAUCCUCACCUUCUGCGCCGCCGACGUCGUUCCCCAGAGGUUCCUGCACUGCACAGAGAAGGACCUGGCUCCCUUCCUGGAGAAGGUGGCAGACGCCACCCUGAAGGAGACCCUGGCCAACGGGGUGGGCUACCUGCACGAGGGCCUCAACACCACCGAGCGCAAGAUCGUGGAGCAGCUCUUCAACUCUGGUGCCGUCCAGGUCGUGGUGGCAUCGCGCUCCCUCUGCUGGGGCACCAACAUCUCUGCUCACCUCGUCGUCGUCAUGGAUACCCAGUACUACAACGGCAGAAUCCACGCGUAUGUGGACUAUCCCAUCUACGACGUGCUCCAGAUGGUGGGCAGGGCCAACCGCCCCCUGCAGGACGACGAGGGGCGCUGCGUCAUCAUGUGUCAGGGAUCCAAGAAGGAUUUCUUUAAGAAGUUCCUGUACGAGCCGCUGCCGGUGGAGUCCCACUUGGACCACUGUCUCCACGACCACUUCAACGCCGAGAUCGUCACCAAGACAGUGGAGAACAAGCAGGACGCCGUGGACUACCUCACCUGGACGUUCCUCUACCGCCGCAUGACCCAGAACCCCAACUACUACAACCUGCAGGGCAUGUCUCACCGUCACCUGUCGGACCACCUGUCUGAGCUGGUGGAGCACACCCUGCAUGACCUGGAGCAGUCCAAGUGCAUCAGCAUCGAGGACGAGAUGGACGUGGCCCCUCUGAAUUUGGGCAUGAUUGCUGCCUACUACUACAUCAACUACACCACCAUCGAGUUGUUCAGCAUGUCUCUGAACGCCAAGACAAAGAUCCGAGGCUUGAUCGAGAUCAUCUCCAACGCCGCCGAGUAUAACACCAUCCCCAUCCGACACCACGAGGACACUCUGCUGCGACAGCUGGCCCAGAAGGUGCCCCACAAGCUGAACAACCCCAAGUUCAACGACCCCCACGUGAAGACCAACCUGAUGCUGCAGGCCCACCUGUCCAGGAUGCAGCUGAGCGCCGAGCUGCAGUCAGACACGGAGGACAUCCUCAGCAAGGCGGUGCGUCUGAUCCAGGCGUGUGUGGACGUGCUGUCCAGUAACGGCUGGCUGAGCCCUGCCCUGGCUGCCAUGGAGCUGGCCCAGAUGGUCACUCAGGCCAUGUGGUCCAAGGACUCGUACCUCAAACAGCUGCCCUACUUCACCUCCGAACACAUCAAGCGCUGCAUGGACAAGGGUGUGGAGAGCAUCUUUGACAUCAUGGAGAUGGAGGACGAGGAGAGGAGCGCCCUGCUGCAGCUAUCUGACGGCCAGAUCGCCGACGUGGCCCGGUUCUGUAACCGCUACCCCAACAUCGAGCUGUCCUACGAGGUGGCCGAGAAGGACAAUAUCAAGAGUGGAGGUCCAGUCCUGAUUCUGGUGCAGCUGGAGAGGGAGGAGGAAGUAACUGGUCCGGUCAUCGCCCCGCUGUUCCCUCAGAAACGUGAGGAGGGCUGGUGGGUUGUUAUUGGAGAUCCCAAGUCCAACAGCCUGAUCUCAAUCAAGAGGCUCACCCUGCAGCAGAAGGCCAAGGUGAAACUGGACUUUGUGGCGCCCGUGUUGGGGGUCCAUAACUACACGCUGUACUUCAUGAGCGACGCCUACAUGGGCUGCGAUCAGGAGUACAAGUUCAGCGUGGAUGUAAAGGAGGCCGACAGCGAGGGCGACAGCGACUCUGACUGAGGACGCCUGGAGGGGUUCCAACUGACCUUGUCGGAAAUCUCGUUUGGGAAGCGGAUCAGUGCGGGAUUUGGAAGUGUAGAUAAGGAUUUGGGUCAUGUUUAUUUUAUGUUUGUUUUUUUCUUCCUUUGAGACAGUCAUUUUGGUUUUACAGUAAUUGUUUUGUAUGGCUAUAAUUGUUGAUUUGUUAUUCCCAGAGUAGAUCAGUGAUGUGUGUACCUCCCAGGAUAGUUCAUAUAUAAUGCUCAACAAUAGAAGACAUACAUCAGGUGUACAUGAAAAUGCCUGCAUACUACUGUAGUGAACAAAAGUAAUUCAACAUCCAAGUCACCAAGUCUGUGUGCUUUAUCUGUUUCAACAAUGAUUGCUAUUAGAUUGGUCUAAUAGAAUUUUAUUAAAAUGUAAUACCUGUCCUUUAUUUGUUUUGCAAUAAAAAGAUCCUAAAAGUA